AUGUCUCCACCUCAGAUAUCCGUGGAUUUUGCCAUGACCCUAAUGAGGAACAGCGAUACUAAUUUUCUCAUCGGCUACAAAAAUACGAUUCCUGAUCCAAGAUACUUGACAAUUGAGCAAAGAAAGGACCACACUGCUGCUGUCUUGGGAAACACCGAGCCUCAUAAGUUUAUUCUCCUUCAUUUCAAGGCGACCAACAACUUGGUAAAUUCUAAGCAAAUUAUUAUGCAUAGAUAUCCCCAUGCCCGCCACCAUGAUUGGGAUGAUCCGGAUGAUAUCAAUAAGCUCAAUAUGUUUAGAAUUGCUGCCCUCACAUUCGCAUUCACUGGUAAUGAUAUCUCAGUUGGAGAGAGAUGCUGGUCCCUUGUACCCAAAUCAACCAGAAGAAUAUGGUUUCCAAAUUUGUCGGAAUUUGUUGAAGAGCGCAGAACUGAACUUGCCAGAUAUUUGGCUCAGGCGAUUAUCGAUGAACAGGAUGAUGGAGUCGAUGAAGACGAUGAGGAUGACGAAGGCGAGGAAGACGAUGGAGACGGUGGUAUUCCUACAGGAUAUUCCGAAGAGCUUGAGCCUGUAGCUCCCAGCACCACUCAAGCUGUAGAUGAUUUUGCAGAGGAACAGCGAGAAUUCGCCGAAGCAGAACGCGCUACGUCUGAUUCAAGCUAA